AUGGUGAAACUAGCCUUCUUCAUGCUAAGAAAAGGAAUAUGCAAGAAGAAAAUACUUUUGAACCUCAACCUGAUUAUGGCACGAAGAAAGAACACCCUCGGCGGCAAAGACACCGCCUUUCGAGGCGGUAGCGGUGCAAUUAGGCCCUUCAACCUCCGCUAUGCUCCCACGGAAGAACCACGAGAGUACGAGUUUAGCUGUAGUAGCACACCCUUAUACCGUCAAUACUUCAACAAGAAAAAAAACUACAAGAACUACUCCUUUGAGGAUACUCAUAAUUUAGAAGUAAUCAACAAGAUUAUGCAAACCAUUGUAUCUAACAAAGAAGGCGGUGUUCGACAGCCGAAGAUAACAGAUUCACCAUUUCCUUCAAAGAAUGAGGAGUGUUGUGAUCACCAUGUAGAUCAAGCUGCUGAAGAUUUCAUCAAGAGCUUUUAUUCCCAGCUUAAAGAGCAAGACUGCUAG